CCGUCCCGUCCAGAUCGGCAGCCACGCGCCGGAGGUGGGUGGGGGAGCAGAGCGCCGGAGGAGCCGCGGCAUCGGAACAGGAGGCCGCCGCUCGAUUGAUUCUACCUAGGGUUUCAGCCAAUCGGCCGGCCCCGAAAUCCCCAGCAUGGAGUCGCCGCCGCCGCCCAAGUUCGUCGCCGGCCAAGAUCGCGAGGACAGAAUCAGCGCGCUCCCCGACCACCUCCUCCUCGACAUCCUCGAGCGCCUCGACCUGCGCGAGGCCGUCCGCGCCGGCGCGCUCUCGACGCGGUGGCGGCGCCUCCCCAAGCACCUCUCGCGCGUGCACCUCAACGUCGGUCAAUUCCAGGGCGUCGUGCCGCUCGAGGCCAUGGACGCCUUCACGAGCGCCGCACGGGCCUUGCUGAAUGUGGUCGAGGGCCAGUGCGAGCGUGGUGCCCUCAAGGUCCUCAGCCUCAGCUUCUACAUCUCUUCCCCUCACUUGAGCUCCAUAGGCCGCCUCGUCGUGGACGUCGUGAGCUUGGGCCAGACCCAAUGCCUUGAGUUCUGCGUGUUACUGCCGCCCUCCAGCAACACCAUCCCACUGCUCGCCGAGAAUGGGCAGCAGUUCAUGUCCUUCUCCCGUGCCUAUCCAGUCGCCUUCUCGUGGCUCACCAGGCUUACACUCAAGAAACUUGUGUUUGGACAUUCGGACGUCACCGACCUCAUUACCGCUUGCGGUAGGCUCAGGCAUCUCUACCUCAGCUUCUGCAGACUAGCUGAUCCGUUCUCCGCGCUCAAGAUCGACGUGCCGCGCUCUGGGAUCCAGGAGCUCGAGUUCUCCUUCGUUGGGUGCACGGGAAUUGAGCUCAUUUCUCUCCCUAAGCUUAGGCGAGUGGGGUGCCAAAAUUGGAUCUUUGAGAACCCUCCAGUGUGCUUCGGCUACGUUCCUGAGCUUUGUGUUGUACAACUCUUUUCUAAAGCUAAGGAAUGGCAGGUGCCAUUCGCGCUGAGCGAGUGCCUGUCAAGGACAGGGAGUGCAAUGAACCUGUCAGAAUUGUAUCUCGAUUUUUUGCACCAAAUGAUUUGGAUUCAGCCUGAACAUCCGAAGCAGCUCACUGCUAUAUUCAAAAGCCUCACCUCUGUGUUUCUUUUGGGUAUCUUCAGUGAGUGUGAUCUGAACUGGACAUUGUUUAUCCUUGAAGCUGCACCUGCCCUACAGGAUAUUGCAUUAUCUCGACAUUCAUGUAUCAAGACUCCCGAGAACAGUGCCGAGAAGAGGAACGUGGUGUGGGAGCCAUCCAAGGAUUUGAAGCACCUGAACUUGAGGGUGCUGCUGAUCCAAGGGUGCGAGGAUGAAGACAAGGUGACUAACUAUGCAAGGCUAGUCAUGGAACGAGCUGUGGGGCUGAAGAGAAUCCUCUUGUGUGAUCAACUCCCAUGCGAGGACUGCAAUGCCAUCAACCCAGAGCCUUCCCUGAGAAGAUCCCAGGUUGAUGAAGCUAGCAGGCAUCGGAUUAAGGAGCGACUCACACGUGGAUCCUCCUCUUCCGUGGACAUAAUAAUCUGUUGAUGGGUAUAGUCAUGGAAUGGUCAAUCGCACAACGCCUGCAGCUGCUAGAGUGAUGACUCUGUAUGAGGCGGAGUCGGUCGUAAUCUUAACUUUUAGUUAUCUGUAAUGAGGAAAUACUUAAUUCGCAGUUUAGGUUAAUUAUGUGUGCACUGCAAUCUUGAUGCAUGCUUUUCGUUAUCAAUGUACUGGGAAAUUGCCUAGUGUAUGCUGAUCUGUUUACCUACUGUGGGCAUCAUUCAAAUUCUCAGACCUGUUGAGGC